CGCAGGGACGGCAAUGGUACGAGUGCAUGACCAUACGGAGCACAAAAACGGAAACCCCAUUUACACUUGAGCUUUUGGUCAGACCAGCGCCCACUCUUCACUCUUGUUGCUCCCCCGAGAUCUCCCAUCAGAUGGAUGAAGUUUCUCUCAACACAGAGCCGGCGGGCGAUGAUGAUGCUGAUGGUUAUGAGAUUGAAGGAGACUGUGCAAUGACAGAGUUUGUGAGUCAAACCGGCAUUAUGCAAGGAGAGAAUCCUCUCCCUCCUUCGGCUGGAAUGGAGUUCGAUUCUUAUGAGGAUGUAUAUUACUUCUACAAUUGCUAUGCUAAGCAACAGGGGUUUGGGGUUAGAGUGAGUAAUACAUGGUAUAGAAAGAGCAAGGAAAGGUACAGAGGAAAGCUUAGCUGCAGUAGUGCAGGUUUCAAAAAGAAGAGUGAAGCUAAUCGCCCAAGGCCGGAGACUAGAACCGGUUGUCCAGCAAUGGUGAAGUUCAGGUUAAUGGAAUCCAACAGGUGGAGAAUUAUUGAAGUUGAGCUCGAGCACAACCAUUUGAUCAGUCCAGCAAGUGGCAAAUUUUAUAAAUCCCACAAGAGCAUAGGUGGUGGAACCAAAAGAUCAUUGCAGUUGGAUAGUGCUGAAGAAGUACAAAAGAUAAGGCUAUUCCGAACGGUGAUUAUUGAUUCCGAGGGUAACAGAAGCAUAGAUGUUGACGAAGGAGAAUCUGGUAAUAAAGUUGACUACUCCAAUCAAUUGAAGCUUAAAGAAGGAGAUGCCAAAGCUGUUCAGAAUUUCUUUUCUCGCUUGCAAUUGAUGGAUCCAGACUUCUUUUAUGUAGUGGAUCUAAAUGAGAAAGGAUGCUUGAGAAAUUUGUUUUGGGCUGAUGCGAGGAGUAGGGUUGCUUACACUUAUUUCAGUGACGUAGUUGCCAUUGACACUACAUGCUUGGAAAACAAAUUUGAAGUCCCAUUGGUCUCAUUCAGUGGAGUCAAUCACCAUGGACAAUCUGUGCUGCUGGGUUGUGGUUUACUUGCAAGUGGGACUAUUGAAUCCUAUACAUGGUUGUUUAGAGCUUGGCUUACAUGCAUAUUGGGACGUCCUCCACAAGCCAUCAUAACUGACCAAUGCAGAACAUUACAAACUGCUAUUGCUGAUGUUUUCCCUAGAGCUUCUCAUUGUCUUUGCUUGUCUCAAAUAAUGCACAAGAUUCCAGAAAAUUUGGGAGGUUCAUUUGAGUAUGAGGCAAUUAAAGCAGCUUUUAUUAGAGCAGUUUACUAUUCUUUGAGGGUGGAGGAAUUUGAAGCAGCCUGGGAGGAUAUGGUCCAGCGUCAUGGAAUUAGAGAUCAUAAAUGGCUUCAAGCAUUAUAUGAUGAUCGAAAGCGGUGGGUUCCAGUAUAUUUGAAGGAUAUAUUUUUGGCAGGAAUGUUUCCUAUGCAACCAAAUGAGGUUGUCUCUUCAUUUUCUGAAGAAUUUCUGGUUAAAAGUACUCCUCUGAAGGAAUUUCUAGAUAAGUAUGAUCAAGCUCUGCAGACUCAUCAUCAGCUGGAAGCCUUGGCAGAUUUGGAUUCAAGAAACUCAAGUUAUAUGUUCAAAUCGGGAAGUCAUUUUGAGUUGCAACUCUCAGAACUAUACACUAAUGACAUCUUAAGGAAGUUUGGAAAGGAGGUAGAGGGGAUGUACUCUUGUUUUAGCACAAGACAAUUAAAUGUCGAUGGGCCAGUCAUUACAUAUACAGUGAAGGAACAAACUGAAGUUGAUGGAAAUAGGAGAGAGAUGAGAGAUUAUGAGGUUUUGUAUAAUCCAUCUGAGAUGGAGGUCCUUUGCGUCUGUGGUAUGUUCAACUUCAAAGGAUAUUUAUGCAGGCAUGCGCUCUCCAUCCUAAACCAAAAUGGCAUGCAGGAGAUUCCAGCUCAAUACAUUCUUUCACGAUGGAGAAAAGAUGUUAAGCGCAGUUAUGUUUAUGAUCACAGCUGCAGUGGCAUUGAUAUUAAUAACCCAGUUCACAGGUACGAUCAUCUGUAUAAAUGCAUCGUGCAGGUUGUGGAGGAAGGGAGGAAAUCACAAGACCGUUACAAGAUUGCAUUGCAGGAAUUGGAUGGGAUAUUGAACAAGCUUUGUAUUACCGAAGAUUGUGCCUUGUAGUUAUAAAAUUAAUUAGAGAAUGUAUGGUGUAUCAUAUAAAACCAUGUCUACUCUGUGUAGCUGAAAAUGUGUGCAAUACAAAGCUCUUUUCUCCA